UUGGUUGUCCUCUCCCCUGCUGCAUUCAGCAGGAAGGAUUGGUCAUAUUUUAGUGAUCAUCUAAAACAUAAUCGCAGUAAACAAAACAACCCGUACCAAACUUCAAGCUUUAUUUAGUUGGGAUGCAACUUGUCACAGUCCUACAAGAAGUGUUUUUCAGUAUUUUGUGCAAAUACUAAUGCCAAUGCACUAAUGAAAAGACAAGCGUGAACACAGAGCAGCAGUUUAUAACCUAAACUAGCUAACGGCCUUUUAGUGAUUCUGUACCUUCUAUCACAGAUUAAAUUAAUUAGCAUGCUGUCUGGAAGAUAGAGGUUGAGAUGUCAUGAGCCUGCAAAGCCAGGCCUUAGAAGGCAAGUCCAUGCAAAGCCCCACUCAGACAGGCAUGGCUCUAAGAGAAAUACCCUAUUAUACUGAGUUGUAAUGAAAUAAACCAGUGCUGAUGUUUCUCUGCGGCGUAACGCAACACCAGGAGACAGAUAGUACUCAUGCGGAAACAUCAGCCUACACCUGUAUCGCUUACCUGAGUUAUGUUUCUCCGUAGAAGUUAGAUUGAUGAUUCGUCAAGUCCGAUCAGUUCUGUUCAGUUGUUGGGUACGGAGGAUUUCGCACUCACGUUUUAACAUUAAAAAGGAAUAUUGCAAAUAUAGUGGGUGGCAAUGAGGGUCUGUAGGUGUGUGUGGGUGGGUGUGUGUUUUAUGUAUAUGUUACAUUGUGGGGACCAAAUGUCUCCACACUGUGAUAAAAACCUGUUGUUUUGACAAUGUGGGGACCAAUUUUUUGGUCCGUACUAGGGGAAACUCAAUUUUAUAAAAAAUCUGUGAUUGCAAUCAAAAAACUAAAAAUGCCAAAAGUCAUAUAUUUGGUUACUUAUAGUUAAAGUUUAUGGUUGGGUUAGGGGUUAAGGUCAUCAUAUUUAGGAUUAUGAGUUAUAGCCGUAGAAAUAAAUGGAGAGUCCUUAUGACUCUGUGACGGACGUGGCAUUCCCGUGCUUCUCCCUUGCGUUGUCUACAAUAGUCUCCCAACUACAACCCCCAGUGACCCUGUAUUGAAUAACGUGUUACAGGAUGGAUGGAGUGUUUGUUAAAGAACUUUCAGCCCUCUUCCAGUUGAGCUGUCAUUUAAGCAUGUUGCAAACUAUGUUCGGAAAACCAUGGCCCAAAUUUGGAAGCAAAAUAUAUGUAAUUAUGAAAAUAGCAAAAAGUGCUGUGUGAAAUAAGUGCAGCAAGACUUGUGAGCAAGUUUUAAGGGGUAAAAUACAGUAAUCAGCUGACCAUUUUACUGAAUUAAUGAACUCUGACUAUUAUUUAAAAAAUGUUAUUAUUGUUAUUUCUGAAAGCACUGAAUGGAUGAAUUUUCUCUAAUGUUAGUGGUACGUCACCAUUGGCUCGCCUCAACGCCGUGCUUCGUAUUGACUCCCACAUUGGGGACGUUACUUUCUUUAAAACCCUGGGAAAUGUGGACUAUACGCUCUGAAAGUAAGUGUGAUGUGAUGCCUCUCCAGCCAUGUGUUUCUCCAGCUGAUGUGUUUUCUAGUAUCACUUUGUUGCCAAGCCCAUAUAUAUGUUGAAUUGAACGCAGUUUAUAUGAAGCAUUAAGUCCCACUCUCUCGGAACUGCCUACUCUAGUACACACUGCUGUAGUGUGCCUGGUUACAUUUGUGAGACGUACAGUAUCACUUACCAGGAUAAUUAUUGUUGCAUUAUCGUCGCAGUAAAUUCUUUAAUGACUAUCCAAUUUUAUAUUUCUCUGAAAAAAAAAUGGAAAUAAUUACUUAAACUAAGCUCGUUAUCUUGUGAAGUAAAUUGGUUCAAUUGUAAGUCUGAUUUCUUUAAGAUUGAUUUUUUUCUUCCCAUACAUAUUUAUAAAAUGUAAAAAUUUAAAACUAGUCUGAAAAAAAAGCAACACACUGCAUAAAUUGUUGCUGUGCUUUGUGUGUGUGUGUGUGUGUGUGUGUGUUUUUUCCUGCUGCUAUAAUAGUCCAGAUUCAGGAAGUAGACAAAGGCAAUAUUAAAGGUUUGUGUUUCUGUAGCAGUGGUGCAAGCGCCAAACUGCCAAGAUGGAAUUUAAGCUGCAAGACUCGUCUGCUGCCGGGAGAGAGAGAGGAAGCAUGCAGCCGUUCUAGGAAGAAUGAACAGCAUUUGAACCUCAUGUUAUUAGUCAUAAAAGCGGGGCAGAUGUGAUACCAUUCUUAACAGUGAAUCAAUAUGUGAAGUGUGCUUGCACUUGUGCAUUUCAAACAAGCAUGUGCCCAGGGAUUUGCUCUGCCGUUUUCUCCCUCUCUUAUUGUGUUCUGUGUAGAAAGAAUCAGCCAGCCUUGUUGAUGGGGCGUCUGAAUCUGUGUGUGAAUAUGAUUUAGAGCGUAUUGAAAUGACGGAGACCAAUAACAGCAACGCUGAAGAAAAUGGAGGCUUUGCGACAGCACCACAAGCGCAGGAAUGGCAUGUCCAUGAUGGUGAACAAAGCUGUUCCUCGCGUCGUCUUAACGCCCCUCAAAGUCUCUGAUGACCAGCCCGAUUCCCCAGCAGGAUCGGAAGCUCAGAAUGGAAUAGAAGACAGAGAGAACUCAGAAAAAGGCAUGAAGCAGAACAACAGAUCUCACACAGGCAAGCAAAUCAGUCAACACCUUAAGAAGCUAAAGAAAUCUGGCCUAGGGUAUCUAAAGUGGACCAAGGCAGAAGAUAUUGACAUUGAGACACCUGGGUCUAUAUUAGUGAACACUAACUUGAGGGCAUUGAUCAACAAACACACCUUUGCUUCAUUACCUCAGCAUUUCCAACAAUACCUCUUGCUUUUGCUACCCGAUGUUGACAGACAGAUGGGCAGUGAUGGAGUGGCACGUCUCUGUAAUUCAGCCCUAAAUAAUGAGUUCUUCGCCUACGCCGCCCAAGGCUGGAAACAGAGGUUGGCAGAAGGUGAAUUUACUCCAGAAAUGCAACUACGAAUCCGACAGGAAAUGGAAAAAGAGAGGAAAACUGAGAUAUGGAAAGAAAAAUAUUACGAAACUUACUAUGGGCAAAAAUCAGGCUUGACUGAGAAAGAUUCACAGAGUUGUGUACCUGACUGUGAUGAAGAUCAGGGAAAUACUGAUGCCGAAGUUCCAGCUUUCAUGCAGACGGCUGUAGCAGCUGAGAAAAUUGAGCUGAAAUUGAGUGACAGUGCAUGUGUUUGUGAAGAUAAGGACAUACCGAGUGGUUUCAAUAUGGAUGUGGCAUCAAAACCAUUAUCUGUAUUGCCCACUGUGGAUAUUGUACUCUCUGGAUUCCCUGAGAUUUCUGAAGAGGCGGUGAUCCAAGAGGAGAUAGCAGAAGAAGUGGAACCCAAUUCCUGUACAUAUAUCGAUUAUCCUGAUCCUCAGAUUCACGAUCCUUCUGAACAUGUCAGCGCUGACUCUGUUAAGGAGAGUCAAACGAUAACCCUUCCACUGAACAACGUGACUGCCCUCCUACAGCAGCCCUCCUUAGAGCCGUCAGCAGAAAUAAUCAAAGCAAUGGGUAACGACCCUGAAACAUCAGCCGCGUCUCUACUGUCACUUCCCUCCACUUCAGAAACGGAGACUGAUGAAAUGUCACCACAAACGGAGGAAGAUGCUACAUUUGAUAAAGUAGGUUCCAUACGCACUGGACACAGUGCCCUUGUGGAGACUAACUGUCUGUCAUUGUCCAGUGAAACAAAAGUCGAAAAGGACCUCCAUAACACAGGGGAACCUGACUUAAAGCAUGCUUGUGACAAUGAGGACACGACAAUGUCUGAGAUAGUGGAGAGUGAAGCACAGGUUACAUCACAAGCAGCGGAUAAUGUUCUAAGCAGUGAGCCAAAUGUUCUACCUUUAACGUCAUUCACAACUCACUUAGAAGAGGAUGCAGAACUUGAUGCCACAACCGGUGCCGAUAUUCUUGCUCCACAUAAACCAAAAGACUCAACUUCUUAUGAUAAUAAAGUAUUACAAUCACAGUUGACGUCAGAUAACUCGGAAGACACUGAUAUUGAGUGUUUAAAUCCUGACACUGAAGUUGUUUCUGUUCCUGACCCUGUUAAUGAAGGUCAUGGUGAGGAGACACCGAUAUUUCAACAACCAGAUGAAGAACUCGAUGAAACUGAAAGCGAAAACACUCAAGAUGAAAGUCUGUCUCCUUUUUCUACGUCCAAUGCAACGUCUGCCUCACCAUUAGCUAAUGACGCAGUACACCUAGACAUACAUUGCAAUGGAAAAGCUGAUUGUUCUGACAGUGUAUCAGAACAUCCCUCUGAUGAGUUAGAUUCUGAAGCAUCACAGAAUUUAGAUGAUAUCUGCGAACCUGUGCCACAAGCUAAAGACCCAAAGCAAGAACAGAGCCUUCCUGAUACUGUCUUAACCAAACCAGUAAAUGAGACAAGAUCACAAGAAGAGUUACACGCUGAAAAUACACAACUUACGGAGAAUACAAAAAGGACAGAAAACACCACCAUUGCCUACACCAUGAAUAAAUCACUGCCAGAAAUAAAUGUCUCCAAGCCAAUAUCAUAUGAUCAGGUUGCAGACAAGACUGUAAAAAUCAGUCCAUCGCUAGAUAUAGUGAAGGUAAAAUUGCACAAGUCAUAUCCAGGGAAGCAGGCACCCAGUACACAGGAAAUGUUCCACAGGAAGCCAGGAGAGCUGAGCAAACCAUUGCUGCUGGACUGUACAGACAGUACAGACACGGAGAAUUCCAAGCGGAAGCCGGGAGAGCUGACCUCAGGGACGUGCAAGGAGAAGAGGGCGAGGAUCGAGUGCAGCGAGAGCAGCCACACCUCCUCACCUGCAGGCAGCAGAGAGGAGGCGCCGAAGGAGGAGCCACGAGUGCCUCCUCUCAAGAUCCAGCUCUCCAAGGUCGGGUUGCCGUUUAUUAUCAAGACUCAAUCUGUGUCCAAGCCAGAAGCUAAACUUUCUUCUCCAGGGAGGAACCUUGGUGCCAGGACUCUGGCAGAUAUCAAGGCCAGGGCUCAUCAGGCCCGCGCCCAGAGGGAGGCUGCAGCCGCUGCAGCCGUCGCUGCAGCUGCGCAUAUCACUGCUUCGGAGGGAGGACCCCCUGCUGAUGGAUGCAAGACGCGCACACUAGCCCACGUCAAAGAGCAGACCAAGGUGAAGCUUUUCCCUAAGCAUCAUGCCCGGCCUCAGGUUCACCAUCACCCUAAGGGCACCAAGCAGUACAAUGCAAAGGAGGACCAUCAUUGCUUAGAGCUGCCAUUCAACGUGACCAGGGAUUGUGCAGCUGGUGUCAUCAUCGCCAACCCCAACAGGAGAUCUCCCAGUGAAUGCCUCACACUCGUUCAACUACCCAGUACCAAUUUAAAACCGUCCGAAAGCCAAACUGCCAUUCCAGCAUCCGUAGUCAGUGUAUCGGUGCCAAAUUCUGUUCGCUGUUUUCCGGUUCACCAAAAUUUGAGUAGCGUAUCCCAAGCUAGAAUGACAAAUACUGAGGAUUCAAGAGCAAAAGAAAGUGCUGUUUGUAACAGUCAGGUACCAGUGUCUACUCGUCUUUGUUCCAUUCCGCCCGGUCCCUCAGUUCUUGUAUCUGUUUGUAGUUCUAGCCUGCAAAGUUCGGUCUUAAAAGUUUCCCCUUCCAGUGCCAAAACCUCAAUUCUGAGCUCAUCACAACGAGCUGUCUUACCAAAGUAUAACCAUGAACUUCCAUCUGUGAUUCCACAAUCUUCUGUUUGUCCUUCCACGAAUACACAGCCUUGUUCAUCUCUUGGUAAUGGGAACCAGAGCCACAUGGGCCAGAUCAGAACCUCCUCAACCUGUGCCACUGUUGCAAGACCUACAUCAAAUGGGUUCCAUUGCUAUGUACCAGAAAGUAUCAUGUCACAUGUUCAUGAGAAACCAAAAAUUAACUACCAAGACCACCAUGCCUAUCAAGAGAAUGGAGAUAAGCUUCAACGCUUUCAAGUCACAGCUCAUAAAGACAAAUCGGUAAAUCAAAAGGAGGUAAUAACAACCGAAGUAAUAAAGACAUCUGCAACUCAGAAAGACAUAUUUAAGUGCAAAGAGUUGCCUCCAGAAGAUUCUGUCUCAAACAAAGCUAUUCCAUGCAAAGUGAUUGUAGAUCAUACUUCUGCUACAUAUCAGAAUUCCCCGAGUAUCCCUGUAACCCAGCACAACCCACCAAUCAAAGGUGUUAAAACAGAAACUGUUCUCCGCCUACAGGAAUCCAUUAUGAGCAGAGCUGAGUCAUUUCGCCAGAGAACAGAGCAAAAUGGCACCUUCAGUGCUGCUUCCAGAGGGAACCAUAAAACAGUGCAUGGCACAUAUGGUGUCCUGCAGAAUAUCCCUUUAUCUCAACAGGUUAGCCACAGGGAAUCAGACCCAGAAGGAGGAGCUGCUAAUCUCAUAUACAGCUCUUUACUCUACAAACAUGCCGAAAAAACCUUGGCUAUAGACCAAGACAUUGAAUCAAAGACAUGGCCGAAGGGAAACAAGAAUAUGAGCACAUUAGUCAUCCAGAAAACUCAUCAAGAAUGUAACCUUAAACUAUACAUACGAGAAAGCAAGGAUGAGACGACUCCCCACGUUUUCCCCAAAUGUGGAAUUUCAAAAGCAGAAGUCCGCAACAGUGACACUGGGGACUUUAAGGAGCCAUGGAAUCCUCGGCAACACCUAGCUCCACGUCAUCCGGAUGACAGGCAGUGUUCACUGGCUGCGGAGAACUAUAGAGUGGUUUCUGCUGGUAGUGCGUCCAGUUGUCGUCAGUCUUCAGUGGAAGCCAGCAAUCCGCUGGUGACACAGCUGCUGCAGGGAAACCUGCCUCUAGAGAAGGUGCUGCCUCAGCCUCGACUUGGAGGCCAAUUGGAGAUACACAGGCUUCCUUCACCUUUCCACACUAACUCUCUGCGUAAACCCAUGGUUUCGGAGAGGACUGCCAUGGAGAACGCUCAGAGCUGCCUCAGCCACAAGGGAGGGGUUCAUAGCCUGGCCAUGGUGGGUCAAAGCCUUCUCCAACAGCGAGAUGGCAAUGCCGGUAAUAAGGUGACCACAGCCCUGGCAGAGCUGGACCUUUUCAAACCCGAUCCAGGAAAAUCAACUGUGGACGGCGAUAACAGGAAUUCCUCCUGUUCCUUUGGUGCUCAUUUACAUGCACUGGACGUGGGGCAGAAAAUAGCGCAGGAGUGGGGGGGGAGGAAUGUGAGGCAGAGGAGCAUCACGCCCAGCCUCGAGAUCAAAGAAUCAAAGAGGCCCCUCUUUACCUGCAGCUUACAGAAACGAGUAUCUGGUCUCAAUAAAAACGGCAGCUUCUCCUCUGAAAGUGAUACCUCCCAAAGGCCAUUUUACCCACCAACAACUGCAGGCAGGGACUCCAGCCUCCUAAGUGCUCCAGUGCAAGCCUGCAAAACAAGCCCAUUUGUCUGUGCCGAUCCAAACAAAUUAGUGCUCAAUAGGAACCAGGGACAAAACGGUCCGGAGUCAAUGACUACAGAUCAAUUUAAAAAAGGUGCGUACCCGACUAGUCUGCGGAAUAUGCAGGCUGAUUAUUUUGAAACUGUCUCACAGAACAAGCCUUUAGCCCAUUCAACAAAUGCUCUGCCAAAGAUCCAGUCAGAUCAAAGGCAAGCGGCCGGAGUCAUGGAGACGAACAGGAAUCUGAACUGGUUAACUUCUGGAAGUGUUUGCAACAGAAUUAAAGUGGAGCCAAUUUCUUUUGAUGAAAAUUUAAACAACAGCUGUGAAAUUAAUAGCAAGCAGGCAUGCUAUGAACAAAAUGACUGGACGAAAAACUCUAAGGUUCCUCCAUUCGUUGCCCCUGAGCAACAAAAGGUUUUUACGCAGCAGUCUCCACGACUAGAUCCUCAUCAACAAGCGUAUAGCAACUACUCCUCCAUACACUUCAGCAACGGGAAGCUGAACAGAACGGCUUCUGUUAUAGAGAGGUCUGUGGGAAAUCCCAGACUCCAGGCUACACCUGUGUCUAGUCACAAAUUUGCCAACCAGAACAGUGUGGAUGAACUGCAGCUUAAAUGCUCCUGCAAACUGAAAGCGAUGAUCGUUUGUAAGGGAUGUGGUGCCUUCUGCCAUGAUGAUUGCAUAGGGCCGUCGGAGUUGUGUGUUGCUUGCCUCGUUGUUCGAUAACUUAUAUAAAGAUUAGAUAAGUCUUAAUUCCAUAAUUGUAAAUGAUCAAGAAACAGUGUCAUUUCUACAAUAAGUAUUGACUAUGUUUAAGUUAUUUUGAUUUUUUUUUUUUUUUUUUUUUUAAAAAAAGCUUAUUUGUGUCAACCUCAUAGUUACGGAAUAUUUAACUGUUUACAUGAAAUGAAAGUAAUGUGACUGUUAAGCUAUGCCGUGAGGCAAAACCAGUAUUUCAAUUGCAACUUAGCCUGAAGACAUCUGGUGCUGUACACAGAGAUAGCCAUCAAGUUAUGCACCUCAGCUGACGAAUAAUUGGACCAUCUUGAUCCAUAAAAUGUGCCUGUGUAUUCAAAAACUCAUUCUGGAAAUAUCAGCAUUUAGAUGAUUCAAUAUGAGCCGUUAUAGCAAUUACACUCUGUAACUGAAAUAAGAAUGUCGUGUUUCACGUUUAUGAUGAAAAGCACCAAUGAAAUACAUUCCCGUUCUGUUUCUAAUGGUUGCUUCCGGAACAGUUAUUUAAGGGAAAUUUGUCAUAGGCUGAAUUUAAAUCUGCCAAUCCUCUUCAUUCUUAGGUUAUUUAAACUUGCAUACAAUUACUGUCACUAUCGCUGUUAUAAUUACUAUUAUUAUUAUUUUAUUAUUAUUAUUAGUGGAAUAAAAUUUAUGCAUACUUUGAAUCAUUCAUUUGAAUAUGUUGUGUAAGACUUUGGCCAAGCCAGACUGUGUAGGGAUACCAGAUGUAUAGAUUUAAUAUGGAUGUCAUUAAAAAGGUUUUUUUUUUUCAUUUCCCCCCAAGUCUGUGUUAAUGCUGCCAGUGUUUUCUUGAGGGAAAAAAUGUGAUGAUCACAGUUCACUUAUGAUACUAUUAUGAUACUUGUUGUUAAUUUUUCCUUUUAUUUUUAUACUUAAAGUUGUCAGGAAUAAUUUAUGCUGAGCUAAAUUAUUGUCACCCAUCAUGAAGAAGAGCGUACAAAACCGUGGCUGGAAUCUGGAGCUUUUGAAAUAAAAAUGUGAGGAUGAGCUAUACAAA